GGUGCCAAGUGUGGAGUCACCUCUCCGUGCGUCCUGACGCGCUGCCCCUGGGCACACAGCUCAGCGCCCCGCUCCUUUACGCGCACCUCGAACGCCUUUCAGCGCCUGAAGCAUGCGAAGUGCCCGGUGUGAAGGUUAGAGAGGGCGGAUCAUUGCUGGACACCCCCCGCUGUCCAGCGCAGCACCCGGGGGUCGCGCUUUGUUCGCAGAGAGGACCCUGCUUUCCUUUCUCCCGGAGCCCCCCGAAAAUGGAUCCUUUACGAAACGACAGCAACUGUGAGGAAGAGUCGCAGUGCGCGGAGGAGGAAGAAGAAGUAGAUCCAAGAAUCCAGGGGGAGCUGGAGAAGUUAAACCAGUCUACAGAUGACAUUAACCGUUGGGAGAGCGAACUCGAGGACUGUCGUCAGCGGUUUCGCGCUGUGCUGGUGGAAGCAACGGUGAAGCUGGACGAGCAGGUGAAGAAGAUUGGCCGAGCUGUGGAUGACUCCAAACCGUAUUGGGAAGCACGCAAAGCAGCAAGACAGGCCCAGGUUGAAGCCCAGAAGGCCACUCAGGAGUUCCAGCGGGCGGUGGAGAUCCUGCGGGCGGCCAAGGAAACCAUAGCCCUCGCCGAGGAGCGGCUCCUCGAGGAGGAGAGCCGCCAGUUUGACUCCGCCUGGCAGGAAAUGCUCAACCAUGCCACACAGAGGGUGAUGGAGGCCGAGCAAGCGAGAACACGCUGCGAGGUCGAGCACAGGAAGACGGCAGCCAACUACAACUCCUGUAUCAGCCACAUGAGGCAGUUGGAGAAGAAGCUCAAACGCUCCAUCAACAAAUCCAGACCAUAUUUCGAGCUGAAAGCCAAGUACUAUCUACAGCUUGAGCAACUAAAGCGUCAGGUCGACGAGCAUCAGGCCAAACUUGUGGUCGCGAAGGCCGAGUACCGCGAAGCGCUACGCAGCCUUGAGAGCAUCUCAGAGGAGAUACAUGCCCAGCGACGCUCCCUCGCCAUGGGAACCAGGGAGCAGGGUGUGGGUGCCGAGGGAGAUGGAAGCAACGAGGACAUCGCCAACUUCAAGAUGGAGUCAGACGGCCUGUCAAUGGUGUCAGUGUCAAUGGACGAAGAGGGCAGUCACAGCGGCAGCUCAGAGGAGGAGACCAACACCUCCUCACCAGAAGCCCUUCCCUCGUCAGCGUCUUCUUCCUCCUCCCAUCCUUCCACCUCCGCCUCCACCCCCCUCGACACGCCCAGCCCUUACCCCCUCGACACUCCCAGCCCUCACCCCCUCUCCUACAUCUCCACCUUGCCCUCCGUCCCCUCCUCCUCCUCCUGUUCCGGGAGCCUGAAGUCAGUGAGCCCCAGCAGCUCUCAUGACUUAGACUCGGCGUGCGGUUCUGGGCAUGCCUCACCUCUCCUUGGCCCUCGCAGCCAGUGCAGCGGAGCUUCCUCUCCAGACUGCGACCAGGAGAGAGGUGACAGAGCAGAGGGAGCAGAGGCCACACUAGAAGCCGGUCUGAGCAAGCUAACCUUGACUGUUGCACAAAAACAAGGACACUCUGGAGACGAACAAGACCCCCAGUACAUCAACCCUGAAGUAGCAUCCUCCAGCUCAGAUUCUGGCAUUGUGCUGCUCGACAGCGUCUGACGAGCGUCCGUCAUCCCUUAAAACACUCGGCGCGCCCGGUGUCAGGUCGCAGACUGGACUCCUUGGCAGAAGAUGCGGCACAGGGCAGGAUAAAGUGCUCGUUGUCAGCAAUGAGAGAUCGAGCUGCUCACUCCAGACCGAGCUGGAAAUAUAUCACAAUACUCAUCAGAUGGUGUCACAUUAAUGGUGCUGUAUGUCGUGUAUUUGACCAACAGUAUAUAAGUGUUACUGUGAAUAAAUUGUGAGCGUAUUAUAAACAAAUAUGAGUAGGGACAGUAUUAGUGGUGGUCUGUAUUUCACAACACUAUUAGUGACAGGGUUAUUCAGUAAACUACAUUACCCAUAAACCUCCUUGCUUCAUAUAAGAAAGCUGAUUUCACUAUAGCUCUGUUUCUGUGUGACGAUCACCAUCUUCUUUUUGUGAAUUAAAGCAGUGCGGCAUAUCAUAGAGGCUGCUGCUCCUCUCUGUAA